ACUGUAAAGACUUUUAUGCAGUGUUCAUUAGGCGAGUUGGGACUUUCUUCUGUGGACGCUAAAGCGAUCAAUUUCAGAUUCGCAGGCUUUGGUAGCAGUUGGGAAGAAACCGUUACCAUUAUAAUCUUUGCGAGGGUUUCAUUGUAGGCUAUUGAAAAACGGACAACGUGUGUUGGUCAGUACAAAAAGUUUAUUAGUCGCGUUACACACUUGAUGUUCAGGAAUCUCCGACAAAUAAUCGCUCUAACAACCUUCUGGUAAUUCAAGCCUUCAGGCUGGAAGAAUACUUAAUUUGGCGCAGAGCCAAGUAAUCUCGGAAAUAGAAAUGAAAAUAACAUUUGGGAGCCUCUUUCUUCUUCUCCUGACCUACACGAUCAGUGUCCGAGGCGAAAGGGAAAGAAAAAAACGACAAGGUUCUCCGUUUGAUACCUCCCCUGGACAGUUCGGGCCGAGUGUAGAGACACCGUGUAGGACUUCGAAUGGAAAUCCUGGAAUCUGUAAAGUUCCUAGUGGCUGUUUGUUUGCUUUCGACAGCAUAGAAAAUAUACAAGAAUCAGUAUGUUAUCAGUUCAACAAUGCUGUCGGCAUUUGCUGUCCACAAGAUUCAACUGAAAAUCUGCCGCCAAUUCCAUUCGGGAUCCCGACUCUGGAACGACCUAUUCGUGUUAACAUGCCGGAUAUCACCAAUAACGACUUGAAUAUCGCUGGUCGAGCUGGACAAACUGCCCUGACAGAGCUUCAAACUUUAGAAGAAGAGCUUAAACGAUUAGGCUUGGUUACAGAGAGAGGAACUUCAACGUUUAUGCAUCAGGCGUUUUUUGGAACUAAGGACAUUACCCAGAAGCUAGGACGAGAUGGAUUCGUUGGUCUGAGAGCGUCUCAAGAGUUGGCUAAAAAAUUUCAACUGGAUGCUACUCAAGGAAAAGACGGACUAUCAAGCUUCAGUUUGCAGAACACUGUGGUAAACUCAGUUUGUCCAGUUAUACCUCCUUGUCCAUCCACAAAAUACCGCUCUAUAGACGGUAGCUGCAAUAACCUGCAGAACCCCACCUGGGGCAAGUCUUUUACUGCCUUCGUCCGUCUGUUGCGACCACAAUACGCUGAUGGUUUGAACGAGCCUAGGGUUGCUUCUGACGGAUCCCCUCUACCUAGUGCACGAGAAGUCUCCGUUACAGCGUCUCCAGACGCGGACCUUCCUCACCGAAGUCUUACUUUACUUACAAUGCAGUUUGCUCAGUUUCUAGACCAUGAUUUAACCCUAGUGGGUUUAACAAAAGCACGUGAUGGCAGUGGUAUAGUAUGCUGCAAAGAACAGAUUUUAAAGAAUAUCAAGCUACGCCAUCCUGCAUGCUUCGAGAUCGCCAUUUCUAGAAAUGACCCCUUCUUCUCACGCUUUGGUGAAACUUGCAUGGAAUUUGUGAGAUCUCUUCCAGCGCCCCGACCACGUUGUUCUUUUGGGCCACGCGAACAGUUAAAUCAACUUACGGCUUUUAUUGAUGCAUCUAAUGUUUAUGGGUCUACCGAAGAAGAGGAAAGAGACCUUCGUAGUUUCCAAAAUGGCUUGUUGCGUGUUUCUAAGUUAGGGAAUGUUGAACUUCUACCUAAAGAAACUGAUGAGAAUGCAGAAUGCGAAAGAGCUCAGGCCAACUCAAACUUUCUAUGUUUUAAAGCAGGUGACGAGCGAGUUAACGAACAAGUUGACCUAGCUGUUCUCCACACUGUUUUCAUGAGAGAACAUAAUCGGAUAGCCAGACUUUUGUCUUCUCACAAUCCAGGCUGGAAUGACGAGAUUCUCUACCAAGAAGCACGACGUAUAGUCGGUGCCGAGAUGCAACACAUAGUGUUUAACGAAUUUUUACCGUUACUGUUAGGUAGACCGGUAAUGGGGGAAUUUCACUUAUUGUUAAAACCAUACGGAUUUAGCAAAAGUUACGAUCCAGAAAUCAACCCUGCAAUUGCGAACUCCUUCGCUGCAGCUGCUUACCGGUAUGGCCACACGCUUUUGCAGGGCAUGCUGAACCUUGUUGAUAAAGUCAACAACGUGGUGGACAGAUUUCGUCUUUCUUCCUCCUUCUUCAACCCCUUACGUUUGUACACACCUGGAAAUUUUGACAAGUUGUUGCGGGGGCUGGUCAGACAGCCUUCUCAACAGUUUGACUCUCUUAUCACUACAGAGGUAACAAACCGCCUUUUUCAGCCUCCUGGUCAAGAUUUGGGGAUGGAUCUAGUAGCUAUGAACAUCCAACUUGGACGUGACCACGACAUCUAAGGUUAUAAUGCGUGAAGAAAAUUCUGCGAACUACCGACGGUAGUUUAAGGAUCUGAAGCAAUGGAUAAUUUGAAAUCAGCCUUUAGCAAACUUUAUCGGUAUUAUGCUAAUGAUUUCACUACAC